UGGACCCCACCACCAUGUUCAGCAAGAAGUCCUACGACGGCCCCCCCACGGGUUACGGCCCCCCCACGGGUUACGGCCCCCCCACGGGUGAUUACGGCUACGAUUACGACGCCCGCUCCCCCCCGCCGGGCUCCUACUACAUCGAGGACGUGCCGCAGCACUUCUACAAGUGGACCUCUCCCCCCGGCGUGGUGAGGAUCCUGGAGGCCAUCAUCAUCCUCCUCUGCAUCGCCAUCUUCGCCUGCGUGGCCUCCACCUUGGCCUGGGAGUACGGCUACGGCUACGGGGGCCUUUACGGCAACGGCCUGGGGGGUUUCUACGGCUCCGGUUACUACGGCAGCGGGUUGAACUACGGUUACGGUUACGGGGGCUACUACGGGGGGGUCACCAACCCCCGGGCGGCCAACGGCUUCAUGAUCGCCAUGGCCGUGCUCUGCUUCCUGACCCAACUGGGCCUCUUCGUGGCCAGCGUCAGCAAAUCCGGCAGCUCCCGCUCCCGCCGCUUCUACCUGGUGGUCAUGGUGGUCUGCGCCGUCCUGGCCUUCGUCAUGCUCAUCGCCUCCAUCGUCUACGUCGUGGGGGUCAACCCCCAGGCGCAGAUGAGCGGCAGCUACUACUACAACCCCCUGCUCACCAUGUGCAGCCAGGUCUACAGCGGCAGCACCUACGUCAACCAGUACAUCUACCACUACUGCACCGUGGACCCCCAGGAGGUGAGGCUGCACCCCAGCUCCGGCCAGACCCCCCCCUUUUUUGGGGGCCAAACUGCCUUCAUAUCCCUGAAUGGAUUGGGAGGAAGAGCAUCAGUGACCCCUGUCCUGCCCUUGGGACCAGACGGGGGGUUUCCCUCCAUAUUUAAUAUUUUUGGGGCGUGGCCUAAUCUGUCCUCACCCGGCCCCGAUUUCGGGGUGGCGCGGAGCAAGAUCUGGAAAUACGGAAAACCCAACAUCUACUGGGACAAGCCGCCCGUGGUCCACGAGGGUCCCAACGUGGAGGAGUGGGGCCGCCGGCGCCGGCGCAGCCCCGAGCUGGACGAGUCGCAGUACGAGACCGACUACACCACGGCCGUGGAGUCCGGCGACGAGCGGGACCAGGACCAGUGGGCCAGCCUGUACCCCCCCAUCUCCUCGGACGGCACCCGCCAGAAGUACAAGCAGGAGUUCGACACCGACCUGAAGCGCUACAAGCAGCUCUGCGCCGAGAUGGACGGCGUCAACGACCGCCUCAACCAGCUCAGCAAACAGCUCGACAGCAUCUCCGAGGACAGUCCCCAGUACCAGGACGUGGCAGAGGAGUACAACCGGCUGAAGGACCUGAAGCGGGGGCUGCUCCGAGCUCAGCGCUUCAGUCCUGGAGGCUGGAUACGGCCGGGCAGGAUAAAAGGGCUUUAA